CACAUUUUUCCAUCAUUGCCUUCCUUCAAACUAAUGGUUUUAUUGAUUCCUUCCCACAGUACAUCUUCGGGGAGUUCAGCCCUGAUGAGAUCAAUCAGUUCUUCGUGACUCCACGAUGUUAUGUCGAGCUUCCUCCAUUCAAUGACAAAGUCCCGUGCGUCAGUCAGUCUUCUGGAAGUUACUGCACUCCUGCUGUACCUUAUAUUAUGGAGUCUAUGGGACUGCAGGUUUGCGCAGAAGACUAUCAGCGCAUAGAGUUUGGUGUUGACGAGGUGAUGGACUCCAAGCCCGUCGGGGGGAGCGAUACUUUGUUCAAGGUGUCGAGCACCCUCAACCCGCAAGCUCCAGAGUUCAUCCUGGGCUGCCAGUCGGCGCAGAAGGCUCAGCAGACGCCUCCUCCAGCAGAUGAUGUCACUGACGGAGCAGACUACAACUCGCUGGACGGCCCUGACUCGGAGGCCGGCCCUGACUCGGAGGCCGGCCCUGACUCGGAGGCCUCAGCCCUGGACAAUCAGGCCUGCCAGGACAUCGACGGACCUGGCGGCCUGGGUCAGCGGGAAAAGAAGAAAAAGAAAAAGCGACCGCCUGGGUACUACAACUACCUGGACCCGUCGGCCGGCGGUGGCCACGCGCACGGCCACGGGCACGGCCACGGCCACGGGCACGGCCACGGGCACAGUAGCUGUGCACCAGACGGGUCGCCUGUGGCAGCGCUAGUUAACGGACAUGCCAUUGGUGGCUCACCGCACAGUGCUGAAGAUGUGGACGGUAAGGUGCUUUUGGGGGCUGAACUUUCCACCCCGGCACCGGUUUCCAUGGCAACAGCAACAGCUGCUGUGGCAGCAGCCAAGUUUGUCCCCACAUCCACUGCCAAUCAGAGGACUUGUGAUAGCCCUGAUGACUCUUCUUUGGACUUAACAAUUGGAGCUGCCUCUUUAUCAGAUGGCAACAAUGCAAAUUCCUCCUCUUCAUCCUCCUCUCAGAGCAGGGGGAUCUCAGAGGGGCCGAGGACUGCAGAUCAGCAGCCAGAUUAUUUGGCUCCACAGAGCCCCGAACUUUCACAUACUCCCAACAGCCCCCGCUCUAAAUCCCCUCUUACUCCUUCAGCUGCUGUGGCCACCCUCUCUGUUGCCACUCCCAUUACGACUACUGAACUGGAGGACAGGGAGCUGGCGGACAGCGGGGUGGCCAAUGGGUUAGCGGAGGCUGAGGCUCCUGUCAGUGCAGAUGAACACAAAGAAGACUCUGAGGCGGGGGAGCCGGCCCAGCCGCUCUCCCCAGACUCUGCUGCCCAGACAGUAGUGACAGAGCAGGCCCAGUCGCCUACCCUUCCAGCUGCACCUACUGCCAACCUCCCCAAAUCUUGGGCUAGCCUCUUCAAAAACUCUAAGCCUCUGCCCGGGGGCCCGCAGGCCUUUGUGGAGGUAAAGAAUGUUGUGGAAGUUGUGUCUCCCUCCAUCGCCACGCCAGAGGAGCCUGAGAAAGUUGGGGAGGUCAAAGUCGGCCCUGUCCACGUUUCAGAGGAUCCUAUGGCCCCUAAACUUGCAGGUAUAAUUAGAAGAUGGCCCUAUAACACCGGUUUCAGCUUUAAGUGCUUUGCAUUCUCUCUCCCUCCAUUAGGGGGGAAUGUUGAGACAUCUGUAUUGUUUUUACUCUGUGAUCCUAUGUGGGAUUAAGGUUUUAAACAUUUUAUGUUUUAGAAGAGUAGGUUUGAUAAGUGACCAAAUUUAAGAUUCUGUAGGUUAUAAUCAUAUUUAAAUAUUAUCUUUGUUUAUUAAGUUUAGGCUGGCUAAUAAUGUUGGGAAUGGUGCAGAAAUGUUGCACUCGUGUUCAAGAAAUGAACACUAGAUGGUAGUAUUGCAUCCAGAAUAGCUGUCAAAAAUGAAGUCUUUAGUCACAUGUAUGGACCCACCUAUCUCAUUAGCCAAAACUAUUGGAGGAAGCAUGGGAGUGCUCACACCUUUUUAAACACAGGAAUGUUCUCUACACAUGUUCUCUGAUCUUGUUGGAAUUACGAUGUCAUCUUGUCGAUGCAAUUGUGAUAUUUAAAGAUCAAGGGAAAUAAUGUUAUACUCUGUUUCUGUGUUGCAAAGCAGCCACACAUACUUUAGCUUCAACAUUCAUUCAAGUGGAAAAUGCAAAAUUGUUCACAACGGUCCCAGGUGAUAAGGUUGUCAGAAAAUAGAAUUUGACCAAUCUAAUUGUGGUUUGGUUUCAUGUGGAGACGGGUCACUUAGAGUGAAUACACAAACAAGUGUAGUUUAAGAUCCUUUCUGGGGUCAGUAAUUUAAGAGCUUGCAAACAGAAACAUUACCCUCCGAAGUAUUUUGCUGUGUCUCUGAACUGCUUUUUGUCUCUAUGUGCGGCGCUCUAUCCUUUUCAGAAGCAAUACUUGGAGAUGUGUCUGUUUAGAAUAACCUGAUAAUUUUGCAUGUAUGUACACAUUUGGGUUGCUGUACAGUUGUUCUUUCAGAAAACCACUGAAAUGUACCAGAGACCAUUUGUUAGUCCACCCAAACACAUUGGUUUGAGUUCCACUUUGAAAGCAAACCUGUGUAGUCAAUAGGGAUCACUUUCAGCACACUGUCUCCUUGUUAGCUGUUCAGCCCUUAUUGGGUGUUCUAAAACAGUGUGUUUCUUAGGAACCAAGAAACUAGGCUCAUUUUGAUCUGCAGACACAGAUUUCCUCAGCUUCACAACCUUCAGUCGAUUCCAGAAAUGUUAAAGAACUAGAUGUGCAUGUAUUGAAAGCACCAGUGGGUCAUAUUGCCCCCCCAAAAAUGUAUUUGGGAGCAUAAUGAGACUAAAGACUGUUAUCAUCAAGGAUAUUACAUAAAGAUUUGUCCCAGCUGUUUUGAAGGCUGUGAUUUAAGCAGUUUGUAUUUGAUAGUGUUCAGUCUGAUGGUAAGCUAGGUUCAUUUAUGAAAACAUGAUGUAAACUAUGAACGUACUAACGAUUAACUUUGACUGUUCCUUAGAUGCAUUAUUUAU